CACCUGAUCUAUCUGCUACAUUUUCUGCUAAUAUGGCCACCACCGCACCAUUUGUAACGGUCGAUAAUAAGCUACAAGACAAGGUAGCCAUCAUCACCGGUGGUGCUGGCGGCAUCGGUGAGGCUACCGCCAAACUCUUUGUAGAGCACGGUGCACGUGGAGUUGUGAUUGCCGAUGUCCACGAUGAAAAGGGCCAUCAACUUGCUGAAUCCAUCGGCACUGAUCGGUCAACCUACAUCCAUUGUGACGUAUCCGACGAAAACCAAGUGAAGUCUCUGGUCGAAUCCGCCGUAAAACUAUACGGCCGACUCGAUGUCAUGUUCUGCAACGCAGGCAUUUUCAGCUCUAGCAUCCAGAAUAUCCUCGACUUUGACAUGGCUGCCUACGAAAAACUGUUCUCCGUCAACGUCAGCGGAGUAGCUGCAAGUGUAAAGCAUGCAGCACGAGCAAUGGUGGAGGGAGGAGUAAGUGGUAGCAUCAUUUGUACAGCAAGCAUCGCAGCUAGUUUAGACGGAGACAGGUUUACAGAUUACACGAUGUCAAAGUGUGCCGUGUUGGGACUGAUGAGGCGUGCAAGUAGGCAGCUGGCCGAGCAUGGUAUACGAGUAAACUGCGUGUCUCCGGGGCCCAUUGGGACUACGAUGUCGAUCAAGUCGCUCGGGGUGAGCAAUCAGGAGGAGGCAGAGAAGGUGUUUGAGUCGAAAUAUCUGUUAAAAGGUGUGUUGAAAGUGAAACAUGUGGCAGAUGCUGUAUUGUUUCUUGCUUGUAAGGAUUCUGAGUUUGUUACUGGUCAAAAUUUAGUUGUAGAUGGUGCAUAUAAAAUUUGAAAUUCACAUUUUAAAGUUCAAUUCACCGUAGGCAAGAUAUAUGUAAAUGAAAUAAUCGUAUAUUCUUUAUUAUGUAAAACAAAAUAAAAUAAAUAUAGUUCCAGUUU